AUGGCCGUCCUCUCCAAGGAGUAUGGGUUCGUGGUCCUGACCGGGGCCGCCAGCUUCGUCCUGGUGAUGCACCUCGCCUUCAACGUCGCCAAGGCCCGCAAGAAGUACAAGGUGGAGUAUCCCACCAUGUACAGCACGGACCCUGAAAACGGGCACCUCUUCAACUGCAUCCAGCGAGCACACCAGAACACGUUGGAAGUGUACCCCCCCUUCUUAUUUUUCCUCGCUGUGGGGGGUGUGUACCACCCGCGAGUCGUCUCGGGCCUGGGCAUGGCCUGGAUCGUGGGACGCGUUCUCUAUGCCUACGGCUACUACACGGGGGAGCCCAGCAAACGGAACCGGGGGGCCCUGGGCUCCAUCGCCCUCCUCGGCCUGAUGGGCACCACUGUGUGCUCCGCCUUCCAGCACCUCGGAUGGGUGAAAACUGGCUUGGGGUCCAAGUGCUGCCACUAA